AUGCGCAGUUCACUCGUGCGUGACUAAUACAUUUUCAAGUGUGAUUGCCGUAACACUACUAUACCAGCUUUAUGAGAUCAUUCCGUAUCGAUUAUCAAACAAGCAUCCUGCGUUAGGAUCCACUCGUGGCCCCUACACGGCAUUCUCCCACCGCGGAACACAUUUCCACGGUUUAGAGGCCAUAGAAAACAUAUUCAUCUUCGGCGAUAGCUGGACUAGUACUGGAUUUGAGGAGAAUGGCGAACAGCCUUCCAUCGCCAAUCCCUUCGGCAAUCCAGAAUACCCAGGUGCCACCGCUACGAACGGACCGAACUGGGUAGGCUAUCUCACUGCUGUGCAAAACAUCACACUUGUGAAAACUUUCAACUUCGCAUACGGCGGUUCGACUGUGGAUCUUGAACUGAUUCAUCCGGACGUACCCGCUCUGAGAGAUUUGAAAUAUCAGAUCAAUGAACAAUACCUCGCUUACUACGUGAACGCUGAGCCUAGACCAUUAGACUGGAGUCCUGAGAACACGUUAUUCAUCGUCUGGAUUGGACUGAACGACAUCCACAACGCGAACAACGAGACCGCAAAGAGUUUCGCCAAAGCCUUUGAAGAAUUCGCCAAAGAUGUAGAUAUUCUCUACCAAUCCGGUGCACGCAACCUUCUGUUCCUGAACAUCCCACCCAUCGAUCGCUCACCUCUCGCGCCUCGAAUGGAUCUGGUUCGGGAAUGGAAACAAUGGGUAUCAGAAUGGAAUACCAAUCUCACCUCACUCACGACGAACUUUACUGAAACCUACCCCGACGCUACUGGAGUUGUCUUCGACACCUUCGAGAUGUUCAAUGACAUGAUCGAUUACCCAUGUACAUUUGAGCAGAGUUGCGGUUUCGAAGAUGUUAAUACUUUCUGCAAUUACUAUGUUUUCGGGGCCAAGGAGUGGAAUCACAAGGAUCCCCAUUGCGACAAGUCGAUUGAUAAGUACCUUUGGAUGAAUGAUUUGCAUCCGACGACGCCGGUGUUUAAUGUUACUGCGCAAGAGAUUGUGAGGGUCAUGACGAGUUUGGGUGCAUAA